AUGGCGUUCCGUUGGGCGCGCAGAAUCGAGCGGGCUUGCUGCACCACCGCCAGAUACUUGCCUCUGGCAUUUGUCUACAGCUUGACCUCGUGGGCAUGUUGGGUGGUGGUGACGAUUGGAAAGGAGACUGAGAAGAGCCGCUGGAUAGGCUCGACAUCUUCUUUCUUCGGCGUCGCGCUCUAUCUACUACUCAACUGGUCCUACACAACAGCUGUCUUUACAGAUCCCGGAUCAACAGUCAACGAGGACGGCUAUGGCCUUCUCCCCACAAGCAGUGGCCAGAAUCGCGUAGCAACGUCCUUCACUGUUAAGAGCAAUGGCGAAAUUCGAUUCUGCAAAAAGUGCCAGGCGAGGAAGCCGGAUCGCACGCACCACUGCUCGACAUGCCGCAGAUGCGUUCUCAAGAUGGACCACCACUGUCCCUGGCUGGCGACGUGUAUCGGGCUGCGCAACUAUAAGCCCUUUCUGCUCUUCUUGAUUUACACCACCGUCUUUUCCUUUUACUGCUUUGCGGUUAGCGGUACGUGGUUUUGGGUGGAGGUGAUGGACGACUCCAAGUAUCUGGAUACGCUGCUGCCGGUCAACUUUAUCAUGCUGGCCGUCAUGAGUGGAAUUAUUGGACUCGUCGUGGGCGCAUUCACAACAUGGCACAUCAUCCUCGCGCGCAGGAACCAGACGACGAUUGAAUGCCUGGAGAAGACUAGAUAUUUGUCAACAGUGAAGAGGACUCUUCACCAGGCGCAGGGCCUCGCCAACGGAAUCCCGCAAGCGAGACAGUUUGUAGACUUUCAUGCGAGCGCACUGCCUGGCAUCACGCACCGCGAAGAGGGCGAAGAGCGGCGUUCGACACAGGAACCCCCUCGCGUCCAGAUGUCGUAUGAGGAGCUGGAACGAUACCAGAGCCGCAAGCGAUAUGAGGAAUACCUUGACGAACAGGAUUCGGAGAAGCUGCCCAAUGCUUUUGACCUUGGCUGGAAGCGAAACCUGCUGCACCUUUUUGGGCCCAGCCCGCUCCUGUGGUUCCUCCCUAUCUGCAACACGACGGGCGACGGCUGGAGCUGGGAGGCUAACCCCCGAUGGGUCUCGGAGCGUGAGAGGCUGAGAAACGAACGCGAACAGCAGCGACAGCGCGAGAUCAACGCAGGCUGGGGACACGGCGAGGAUAUCCCAUCAGCGACGGCGGAUGUCACGGGCAACUACCACAGCCGCGCACCUCUUGUCGGAGCCAACGGCGGCGCGAGAAGGACGCAGAGCAAGGCGGACCGCAUUCUGGGUAGAGACCCGAAUCUGUACGCCGAUGCGUCGCAGGAUGUGCCCCUGCGAAGACUUAGUCCGCGGGGCCAUGCGGCGCCACACGACGAUGAUUUGCUGGACACGGACGACGAGGAGCAGAGCACUAUUACUGCUAGCAAGCACCAGCAUACGGCGGCCAGCCGGCUCGAAGCUGAGCGGGUGGCUAUGAGCGUGGUGACCAAUACACGGCCGUGGGGACGCGGCGGCGCGAGCGGAAUGCUACGCCAGGGCAGCCAGCAGAGCGGCGGAGGCAGCGGUCACAGCAGCCCGGUGGUGACCCCGAGCGCCGAGCUGAAUGACGAUGGAGUGGAUUGA